AUAAUAAUAUAAGCUGUAGUGCGUUCCCUUCCCUCAUCCUUUUCUCUGUAUCUGUGUCAUCCCUCCCCUCAAUUUCAAGAAAUCUCCAUGAAAAACCGUUUAUAGCAUCGACGGAUACAAUCACAAAGCUCAUCUCUUAACGACACAAUUUUGAUUAUCUUUUCUUAGUCCGAUAAAUAUCCAUCAUCUCUUCAAUAAGUGAGUGAGUGAGCGAUCAGUUCGGAUGGUUGGCUGUGAGGGAUUGGCAGGAAUGCUUUUGAAGAAGUCAGGAGGAGGGGAGGAGCUCGGGGUUUUCUACCCAAUCAGACCCGAAUGUCAAGAGAACGCUCCUACGACUCGUUUCAGACUUAGGGCUGGGAAAACUUUAAGCCCAAGAAGGUGGCAUGCUUCUUUCUCUGAAGAUGGUCAUUUGGAUAUUGCAAAAGUGCUUAGACGGAUCCAAAGAGGGGGUGUUCAUCCUGCAAUUAAAGGGAUAGUCUGGGAGUUCUUGUUAGGAUGUUAUGAUCCUAAUAGCACAUUUGAAGAACGAAAUCAGAUUAGGCAACGCAGGAGGGAGCAGUAUAACACAUGGAAAGAUGAAUGCAAAAAGUUGGUUCCAGUUAUUGGUAGUGGAAAAUUUAUUACAACACCUAUCAUUACUGAUGAUGGUCAAUCAAUAAUGGAUUCUUCAACAAACAAUGCUCAAGGAGGACAUGUAAAUAAUGCUGUUUCAGACAAGAAGGUGAUUCAGUGGAUGCUUGUCUUACAUCAAAUUGGUCUGGAUGUUGUACGCACGGAUCAAACACUUGUGUUUUAUGAAAGUGAGACGAACCAGGCAAAACUAUGGGAUGUUCUUGCAGUUUAUGCAUGGGUGGACAGUGAUAUUGGUUAUGUCCAAGGAAUGAAUGAUAUUUGUUCUCCAAUGGUAAUUCUUCUUGAAAAUGAGGCAGAUGCCUUUUGGUGUUUUCAUCGUACAAUGCAGAGACUGAGAGAAAACUUCAGGACCAGCGCAACUUCAAUUGGGGUGCAAGCUCAGUUGAGUACACUCUCACAAGUAAUUAAAACUGUUGAUCCGAUGCUUCAUCAACACCUUGAGGAUCUUGGUGGUGGUGAAUAUUUGUUUGCAUUUCGCAUGUUGAUGGUACUUUUUCGAAGAGAGUUCACUUUUGUGGAUGCACUGUAUCUUUGGGAGCUGAUGUGGGCCAUGGAGUACAACCCAAAUAUCUUCUCCUUAUAUGAGGAGCCUAGUGCUGCCACAGACAAGAGUACUGCAACUAUGUCAACUAAGGAGCUGCUAAAGCAGUGUGGCAAAUUUGAGAGAAAAAAUGUGGAGACAGAAAAUUCGGGGCAUCAAAUUGCACUUGCUGUUUUUCUUGCUGCAAGUGUUAUUGAGGCCAAGAACAAUAGAAUUUUGAAGGAAGCUAAGGGUCUUGAUGAUGUUGUCCAGAUAUUGGACGAGAUUACUGGAAAUAUGGAUGCUAAAAAGGUUUGUAACGAGGCAUUGAAGAUUCAUAGCAAGUACCUGAGCAAGGUGGGCUGUAUUCUUACAUCUUUUAUAUGAUCUCCUUAUCUCUAUCAGAAGACGUAAAUUAUCUGAAAAAGAAAACAAAGGUAAAAUUGCUGUGAACAAUAUGAAAUGAGCAAGGCAGAGACAUUAACUCAGAUCUAUGUACAAAUAAUCAAAAGCCAUGUUAUAUUAAUCUAAAUUUACAAAUAAUAAAUGGCUGAUUCUGCAUGCAGGCCAAAAUGCCAUAGCAAUAUUGCAGGAGAACACCAAGGCAACGCAUGAAAUUGGCUGGCUGAGGCUCCAGUUGUUUUCAUAGAUUGUUUCUCUUAGUGAUAGUGUAACCUACCCCCCCACAAUCUCUCCCUAAUUUAUUCUCUUCUAUUCAUUUAUUCAUUCCUUUAUUUUCAUAUUUUUUAUUGUAAAAUAAAAAUUUGUUACAAUGUUUAUAAGAUUUAUAUAUGAAAUGGUCGCGCAGCAGUGGGAGCUUUAGCAGCUUUA